AUGUUCAAUCACACUGCCCACACAGAAGCUUCAUAUGCGGUCACUGCGGAGGAGCACCCGACCUGGGAGUGCCCUUCAACGCGUGGCGGCAUGAUUCGAAUCAAGUGUGCUAACUGCUCAGGUAAUCACCGGCCCACGAGCCUUGAUUGCUCGGUCAAGAGAGAAGCGAAGGCCAAGGCAGAGCAGAUACCUCAGCACGAGUCGAGCACGGCUUCAGCACCAGCUUCAGCACGAGCUCCAGCGCGCGUCCCAGAGUUCAACUUUACACCACAAGCCGGGCUUAAAGACUCGGUGCAUGCUCCAGCGAACCGAUUCGACUUCCAGUUCAGCCAAUCGGCCAGCCAGCGUACAGUUCCACUCGCCAGCCAGCGUACAGCUCCACCAGCCAGUCAACCAGCAAGCCAGCCAGCGGCUCCAGAGGACCAGGGGCCGCCCAAGGGCUCCAAGAAUAAGUCAAAAACCUCCACUUUCAGCGACAAGAGCUUACCCACUCAGCCAGAGCUCACGGAGACCGCCCUUACCAUCACGAAGCAUGCCAGGAACUCCCGUUCUCAGCAGCGUAUGCUCCAGGACCCCAUAUCGGACCCAGAACGUCUCCUACAGCACAAGAAACGCCGCUUUGAAGAGCCCCAGAUCGACAUAGAAAACGACCAGGUUAUGCAGGCCCAGAUCUCCAUCUCCAGCUCUAGCUCCAGUCCAACCCAGCCAUGCAGCUACUUAAGCGCUAGGGAACAGUUUGCUCCAGCGCCCACAGAGGAGACGCUUCCACCAAGCCACGGUCUCCACUUCAGCGAUAUCUUCGACGUGGAUGCAGAUAUUAUCAUAUCGGCAGCACGCCCCCAGAACCAGAGCCAGAAGAAGAGUUCUUCCACGAGGCUUCAGAAUACAGCGACGACCAAGACGAACCUCUCAUCUAAUGAAUAA